AAACAGAAUCCGAAAUCUGCACACUCACACGCGAGGCCAAUCCGCCCUCUCCAUUUUUAAAUGUUCUUUCAAACGUUUUUACACUAAUAACACCAAAGCAAAUUCCUGCCUGUCACGGUCUACCUCAUCGCAUCGCUUGAGCGGGAGAUUGGAUUUCGCCCGAGAUGGAAGCCGUUCCCUCUUCAGAACCUCUUGAUCUCGACACCUUUCGCAGUGAAUUAAGAGAGCUCGAAGAAAUUUACAGCAAUUGCAAUGAAAUGUCCCCUUCAGAUUCAGACCAAUUACUGAAAGAUUGUGCUCUUCAGAUCGAGAGCAAAGUUGAGCAAAUUAUGACCGAGUGCUCUGACUUCAGUUUCUUAGGGAUUGAAGAUUUAGAUGCGUUUGUAGAGCAUCUGAAAGAGGAACUCAACACGGCAGAGGCUGAGAGUACCAAGAUAUCCAGUGAAAUUGAGGUUCUUACAAGAAAUCAUGUGGAAGAUUUUACUCAACUGGAGAGUGAUAUUGAAUUGUUGAAAUGUUCUUUAGAUAUUAUAUCGUCACAGGAUGCGGAGAAAAGAAAAGAACAUGGUUGCAGAGAAGAGCAAUUAAAUUCAACAAAUGCACCUGGAGAAUGUGAGUUUGAGUUUUUAAAGCUUGAUAAUCAGAUUGAGGAAAGCAAAGUAAUGUUGAAGUCUUUACAGGAUCUUGAUUCCAUAUUCAAAAGGAUUGAUGCUGUAGAACAAAUUGAAGAUACAUUAUCAGGUCUAAAAGUCAUUGAAUUUGAUGGGAUCUGUAUUAGAUUGUCAUUGCGGACAUAUCUUCCUAAAUUAGAAGAUUUAUUGUGCCAACAAAAGAUUGAAGGAGCUGCUGAGCCUUCUGAAGUAAAUCAUGAAUUGCUGAUAGAAGUAGUUAAUGGAACCAUGGAGCUUAAGAAUGCUGAGAUUUUUCCAAAUGAUGUGUACAUAAAUGAUAUUAUUGAUGCUGCAAAAUCUUUCAGGCAAUUAUUUUCACACUCAUCCAUGGAGACCAGGUCUUCGUUGGAGUGGUUUGUCAGAAAAGUGCAAGAUAGAAUCAUUCAGUGCACCUUGAGACGUUUGGUGGUGAAGCAUGCAGAUAAAUCAAGGCAUUCGUUUGAGUACUUGGAUAGGGAUGAGACAAUUGUUGCUCAUUUGGUUGGGGGAGUUGAUGCAUUCAUAAAGUUAAGUCAAGGUUGGCCCAUAGCAAGAUCUCCACUGAAGGUGUUGUCCCUCAAAAGCUCAGAUCACCAUUCGAAAGAAAUUUCAUUAAGCUUUCUUUGCAAGGUUGAGGAAGUGGUGAACUACUUGGACGUAAACGUGCAGCUAAACUUGUUGAUCUUUGUGGAAGCUAUUGAAAAAGUACUUGUUGAACAAAUGCGCAUAGAACUGCAUUCUGACAGCACUUCUAAACAUACUUCUCGAUGAUGUACCAGAAUGAUAUCCUGACAGCACCAUUUGAUUGUGAUUUCAUUUUCGAUAUGAUAGUCCAUGUGAUGCUGGUUUCACUCGAUA